AUGAGCUUCAAUCUCGCGCAGCAAUCCUUCCUCCAUGCAGUUCUACAUGGUCUCGACAAGAUCGUCAUCGUCGGCUUCCUCGAGGCACCCUGCUUCCUCGCCUCCGUGCAGCAUUCCGUAAACUUCUGGUCUAGAAACUCAUGCACGAUCAUCUUUUGCAGACUCUCCUGCUUUCUCGGAGCCCUCGGCGCUGCCCUGCAGGGAGAAGGCGCUGUUGAGACUUCCGAGGCUCCAGACGAGGCUUCCGAGACUCUCCCGCAAAUGUACGCAGGUGUCGGCGGGGGGGGGCCCCCAGGGGCCCCCAGGGGUACUGCACCCUUCUCCCCCGCCACUCCUACGGCGUUCCUGCCCUUGGGAACGAAUAAAAACAAUCAUUUCAAGGAGCCGCAAGCCCCCCCUCUGUGGCUGCCUCCUAGACCUCCAAUGCUGCCAGCACCUCCGCCCUUCAGGGCCCCCGGGUGGGGGCCUCUCUCUCCCGCAACUAUCGAUGCCUUUCGAGGGCGAGCCGCUAUCAGCCAGGCGGCCCUUUGA